AUGAUUAUCAUUCUUCUUGUAAGUAAAGUAUUAUCUUAUGUUGUCUCCAAAUACGAUCCAGAACUAGCUUUAGGUCAAAAAGAGAUUGUCGGGUUUUUAAAAGAACACAAUAAGACUGUGGACGUAAAAAAUUUUGGUGACCUAUCUUUUAUAACGUACAAUAUGGAAAAAAAAGAAGCACUCAACUCAGUUAAACAAACAAAUGAACUAAUAAAACUAGUCGAUAACACCCAUGUCCCUGUUAUCUGUUUGCAAGAAUGUGAAUUGGAUCAAUUAAAAGAACUAUCAACUAGAAUGUUACCCCAUUACGGCAUAGCAGAAGGCAAAGAAUCGAAGGUAAUAAAUCCUACCAAUGGAAAUGAGACAUUUUUACCCAUUUUAUAUGAUACCGAAGAAUUAAGAUUUCUUCAGUCUGGCCGUUUUAAAACAAAUGAUCCUGUUGUUAAAAAUACGUACGCUACAUGGGCGAUAUUUAACCACGUCAAAAAAAACUUGGAUUUUGUAGUAAUUAAUAUUAAUCUUUACAGUACUAAAUCUCUAGUUGAUUCGCUGGAACUAGCCUCAAUUUUGUAUGACAUAAAUGCCACGCCUAGUAUUAAAAAUAAGAUAAUUUUUAUUUCAGGCACCAUUAAUGGUAUGUCUGAUAACACAAAUACACUUAUAAACAAAGGUUUUGUUAAAUUAAGCAAUUAUAAUAAAAAUGAUGGUGAACUUAAAAAUACAAUGAAUACGUAUAUGGACGUUUUAAAUAAUAUUGAGCGGGAUUUUAUAUUAGCACUAAAUACUAAGACGAUAAAAGCACAACCGGUAUACAGUUCUGUGUUAAGAUUGUUUAAAUAUGGAGCUAGAUUUCCAGUGCAUAGUAUUGUUACAAUUAAUAACCAUUAA